ACAAAAAUGACACCUCGAGUAAGCUCCAAACAAACAACAAACCGCCCGGAAGUUCUUCGAUCCGUUCAAAAUCAAUCGAAAGUAAUGUUUCUUGUCGAAACAAUCAAAUACGUAUUAUCAAUGAAAUCGUAGCCGUUCUCGCUGAAAAUGAUUCGUGGUAUUUCCUUGCUUGUAGUGUGUGCCGUAAUUGACAUUGCCGCUGGUCUCAAUUCCUUCCUGUACAUGACUAUCCUCAAUAGUGGAUUCCAUAGAGAUGUCCACUACACGCUGAAGUUUGGCGGCAUAGGGAGAAUGUCCUGCGAUCUGAUGCUUCUGCAGCAGUUCCCAUCGGCCAUGUACGUCGACACGGAUCAGCUGACGAAUUUGAAGAAGUUCAAAAAGAUCAAUAGUUACGUUCCGCUGUACGUCGAUGUGGAGAAACCGGCCAGCAAAGCGAGCCCUUUCUCGCUGUAUCUCUUCGAAGCGGUGCGGAAGGAAGUGAACAUAACGUUGCCAAUUCAUUUCCGGUACCACGAUCCUUCGGAAAGAAAAUUCGAACGCAUUCAAAUCGAAAGCCCUACUCUGUACGUCCAGUGUCGCGGAACCAGUACAAAAAAUCCCCUUAAGUCAGCGGGAACCUACCGGUACCCUUGUCCAAGCAGUGCCCAGAUUUACGACUAUGAUAAACUUGGCGAAGCAGAAUACUGUGACUGGCAAGAAGUGGAGUUUAGUAACGUACCAACUGUGAUCAGCGUACUCAUUCCGGUGGGCAACAGUGCCUCGUACAAAUUCGUCCUGCCCGCUACCAUCCUCGUCAGCUGGAUCGGUAGCAUGUAUCUCAUCUACAUCAUCGUCAAGUCAGGUAAGCGCAUCAACAAGAAACUUUUGUAACUAGAUCUCAAAAUAAAAUUCUAAAAAUAAA